AUGCGGCAAGCACGGCGACGGCCCCGGCGACGGUCAUCGAAGCUCGUGGUCCAUUGCGUGAGGAGUGAGGAGUCUCAAGGCCCUCAGGCCCUCGUGCGAGCUUACGGGACCGAUUUGAAUCUUAGACUGGCCAGGUUGAAUACCUUCGAAGAGGAUCUCGGAAUCAACGGCAGCCACCACAAUACUGCCGUAGCUGUCCUAAAAGCAGGUUACAUGGUUGCACGACUGCCAUCAAAGAUGUUGAUAACUAGGGUCUACUCAUGCAUCUACCUAUCGUGCUGCGCACUGGUUUGGUCCGGAGUCUCUGCUACAACAGCUACGACCAAAAGCUUUAGCUCGCUUAUUGCCGUUAGACUAUCCUCCUCCAAGACAGGUUCCGCUGCCAAGUGGAGCAUAUUUGAAGGACUUCGUCAUCUUGCGGCAGUCUGCAUGGCUACCGACCGAGUAUCGACUGCUGAGGAGAAGCAGACCGUUCGGAAUGGCCUGAAACUUGCCGUCCCUGACUACAGGACUUGGGUCUUCGUCGUCACCAAUAUUUGCAUGAUCUCGAGCUACGGCUUUAAUAAUUUCUUCCACAACAUCGUCACUGGUUUCGGCAUCAGCUCACGCGCGGAUUCUCUACUUAUGGCGGCAACCCCUUGUAUCGUCGGUUCUAUUAUGUCUUUCGUCGUAGCUUUCAGCUCCAACCGUCAUUAG